UGUUUUCGAUAAAUGUAAGACUGCACCACCUUUUGUUUAGACGUCCCUUCCAGCGUUCAAAGAGCAUCUUCGUCCACCGAUAUCGAGGCAUCAUGAGGACCGCUUACAUCCUUCUGCUCUGCGUCCUGGGAGCCGCAAUGCUGUCCACUGUUACCUGCGAAAAUUCACGUGGACUGGACAGCUGCUGCUUCUCAUACCACCUGAGAAGAAUAAAGAAAGACUUAGUCAGCUCAUAUUUCGUGACUGAUAACCGUUGCACCAAGCCUGGAGUCGUUUUGGUCACAAAACAGUCUCGUAGAAUUUGUGCUGAUCCCAGUCUCUCCUGGGUCGAAGGCAUCAUGAAAGAUAUCGACGAGAAGUCCUUCUAAGCCGUCCUGCUUCUGCUUCUUCAUCAAAUCACAUCCUAUGAAAUGAAUGUAACCGUGUGCUCAUGAUUUUUUUUCCCAUUAAUGUGCAAAGCUUCUACAAGUAAUCGAACAUUUUGCUUUCGAGUGGAGUCCUUUUGGAGGCUGAAUUGAGCCGCUGAUGAACCAUAUCCUGUUUGUGUAAUGACUCUUAUGCUUUGUAUCGCCCACAUUAACCUGCAGUAUAAACCUCAUACAAACACGGUCA